AGAGAGAGGGAGAUAGGGAGAGGGGUAGAGAGGGAGAGAGUUUAGCGUCCACUCGACACAAACUAGGUCAUUUCGGGACUUACAUAUGGUUCAAUUUUAUUUCAAUUCGCUUUAGCAGUGGGGUCUUUAGCAGUGGAAGGAACCCGGAGGACCCGGAGAAAACCCACGAGGUUGGACAGGCUACCCUACUCCUUGUCACGUACAACCACGCCAGUUGAUUUAAUGACAGACCUAAUGAUAUAGCGCGCACUGUUAAAUACCCCUACGCGCAAGCGAAUUAUUGAAAUUGUGUCGAGUGGAGGUUAAACCCCAUUUCUCUCUCUCUCUCUCUCUCUCUCUUUAACUAUCAAAAUAAACGAUGGCGGAAGAGAAGAAAGAAGUUGUUCCGGAAGGUACCGAGGAACCAGAAAGAGGGAAUUGGGGUGGUAAAUUAGAUUUCUUCAUGUCAUGUGUUGGAUAUGCUGUUGGUUUGGGAAAUAUCUGGAGAUUCCCUUAUCUAUGUUUUAGAAAUGGAGGUGGAGCCUUCCUUAUUCCAUACACCAUAAUGUUGGUCAUAGCUGGAUUGCCUCUCUUCUUUUUCGAGUUGAGUUUUGGACAAUUUGCUUCUCUUGGUCCGCUGGCAGUUUGGAGAGUUAAUCCAUUAUUUUGGGGAGUUGGAUUAGGUAUGAUAUCUAUAUCUGCUAUGGUGUGUAUAUAUUAUAAUGUAGUCAUCACAUACGCCAUGUUCUAUCUGAUGGUAUCCAUUAUAAAUCUGGACGGACAACUACCAUGGACCACAUGUGAUAAUUUAUGGAAUUCGCCAUAUUGUUUAUCAACAGCUAUCCCAUCAUUUAAGAACAUGUCAGAGGAUCAAAAACUAAACGUAACUUUAGGUAUGUUUAAUGAAACAUGUCUAGAAGAUGGUCUACAGGAAUCUGGUAUUAGUAUGGACGAUCUGACCUUUAACCUAACCCAAACUAAUUUCUCUGAUUGUAACCUUAAACAUCUGUAUAAGUUACCAAGUGAGGAAUAUUUCACACGAUUUGUUCUACAGUUACAUGAAGCCAAGGAUUUUAGUGAUGUUGGUGGCAUCAGUGUAAAACUGGCUUUUGUUCUCGCCUUGGCUUGGAUUCUGUUAUUUUUCUGUUUAAAGAAAGGAGUAAAAACGUCUGGAAAGGUUGUAUAUUUUAUGGCUACGUUCCCCUACGUUAUUUUAAUAUGUUUAUUGGUUAGAGGAGUGACUUUAGAAGGUUCUAUGGAGGGAAUUAAAUUUUAUAUCAUACCUGAAUGGGAGAGAUUAUUGGAUAUAGACGUGUGGAGACAAGCAGCAACUCAGAUAUUUUAUUCAUUAGGACCAGCGUUUGGAAGUCUUAUUACCAUGGCCAGUUUUAAUCCUUUUAAACACAAUAGUCACAGAGAUGCGAUUAUAGUAUCUAUGAUAAACUGUGGUACGAGUGUAUUCGCUGGGUUUAUUAUAUUCUCAGUCUUAGGUUUUAUGGCACAUACUACAAAUCAAGAGGUCAAGGAUGUAGCUGUUGAUGGUCCUGGGUUAGUAUUUGUUGUGUAUCCAUUGGGAAUAUCUCAUAUGCCUGGUGCAGCUAUAUGGUCUUUCCUCUUCUUCUUUAUGUUGGUAGCUUUGGGAUUAGACAGUCAGUUUGCUAUGUUUGAAGCUAUCAUCAGUGCCAUUAUAGACACAUUUCCCCACUUUUUACGACCAAGAAGAACCAAAUUCGCCAUGUUUUGUCAUUUUAUUGGCUUUUUACUGGGUUUACCGUUAGUAACUAAGGGAGGGAUAUGGGUGUUGACGUUAAUGGAAUGGUAUAGUGCUAGUUUUGGUUUAAUGAUAGUAUGUCUAACAGAAAUUGUUGCAGUUAUAUGGAUAUAUGGUAUUAAAAACUUUUCUAACGAUGUUGAGAUUAUGUUGGGAUUUCAACCUGCUUUGUUCUGGAAAGCAACUUGGGUGGUCAUAACCCCAGUAGCUAUUAGUUUGAUGCUGAUCUUGUCGGCUGUUAAAAGUAGUCCGGCAUCUUAUGGUAGUUAUAAAUUUGAAUCCUGGGUACAGGAUGUUGGCUGGGCUAUGGUUGCAAUACCAAUUGUUCUUAUCAUCCUACCAAUGCCAUUCCAAAUUCGCAGAUACGGGUCAUUGAGGAACGCGACUCGACCUACACCAGAAUGGGGACCAGCUAAUCCCAAGGAUCGAGUGGGUAGAUACGCUAGGACUGAACUUCAAAUGACGUCGAUCGCACAAAGCAACGGUAGCGUUGUUGAGGUUGAUUCUCUUAAAGAAGGUCGGGAAAAUAGUGCUUAUGUGUCUGAAAAACUGUGAACAACCCUGGAUUUUAAAGGAUUUUAUUCGUUCCGGUAAUACUACACGGCUGCUGUGGCAUUUAUAUUUUUGAUAUAUUUUUGAUAACAUAGAGUAUAUGAAGUGCCGGUUAGUGCUAAAUGUUAAGGCCAGCUCAGUUUUUCGUUAUAGCUGUCACAAGAUGUAAACAGGGCUAGCGCUAAUCCCAACUUUAACCCUUGACCUAGCCCCAAUGCUUACCCAAACCUAACCUACUAUCUCGCCAACAAUGACGUGUCCUAAUCUUAUUUUCAUCUCAAGGACCUUGACAAAAAUUGAACUGGCCUUAACAAAUAGAUUUAGCAAUGAAGUGUCCCAAUCAAGAAAUUCUGUGAGUGCUAUAAUGAAUAAAUCAGUUCAAUAAAAACAAACAUUCCGAUCGGAAAUAAUUCCUCGAUAAGUCCAGUUCAGUUUCGGACAAAAUUUGGAAAUAUAUUUGACAAUACGUGUGACUGUUUGGAUGGAUAUCUCCACUGUGAUACAUUGAUGUUUUUUGAGUUUUAUGUUGUAUACUGGUGUAUAAAUGUGUAUAAUUAUUAUGAGAUAUACAUUGUGUCACUUGGAUAAUGUGUGGAUUUAUUUAAUAAAAGGGUAAGGUUCCAGGCACACUAAACAGGAUCCAUUUCUCAUCAGUUACAAUAAUAUCAAUCUGAUUCAAACACAGAUCCUUUUUCGUUUGUUUUUGUAUAGUUCGGGGUGGGGGGGGGGGGGGGGUGGCCGAAUGGUUAGCACGUGCGUGCUGUAUCAUAAAGUCUGUCAUUGAGUCAACUAGCGUGGUUUCGAAUCCUCGGUUGUACGUGACAAGGAGUUGGGUCGCCUGUCUAACCUCGUGGGUUUUCUCCGGGUCCCCCGGUUUCCUCCCACUGCUAAAGACCCCUACGCGAAAUGACCUAGUUUGUGUCGAGUGGACGUUAAACCCCAUUUCUCUCUCUCUCCCCUUUUUUUACAGUUCAAAAUUUCGUUUUACUUGUCUUUACUACACUAGGAUCUGGAAGAGUUGUUAUAUAACCCGCGUUCUGGAUGAUGUGAGGGAUUAGCUAAUGAAACGGUAUGUUACGGCGAGUUUUUGACGUGAGGUUCACGGAACUGUACGUAUAACCCAUUAGAAACACCAACGCUGAUUGGUUAAUCAAAUGUCUGAAGUAAAAAGGGUAAUCAGACCUUGCACUACAACCGGUCAGAUCUUCAUGUAUAUAGUAGAGGCCAUCGAAAGUAUAAAACAAACGAAACGAAAUAUAGAUCUGUAUUUUAAUCAUAUUGCAAUAAUGUCGGCUUCAAAAAUAAAAGCGCACACUGACCACAAUGUCUACGAUUUCUCUGUAUACAUGUAUUAGGAAAUCAUCUUACUCAAGCUUCUUUAAUUCGAGACAAAACAUUUUUUUGGCUGAUAUAAUGGCUAUGACAUUGUGAAAAAAAUUCUCAUAUAAUUACAAACAAUUCCAGAAGAUAAAAGUUUGAGAUAAGAUGAACAAAUUUAAUAUUUUUAAUAUCACGUGUUUCUGUUUGUAGUUUCCUAUAAGCACAGAUUCAAACUAAACGUGACUUAACAUUUAAUCCUAUAAUCUCUUACCUAUGAUUUGGAGUUUGAAAUUAAACUCAAAUUGAGAAUUUUCUUGGACUAUAAUAGUUAAUUCGUUUCAUAAAAUAUUAU